AUGGGUAAUAAUUUGAAUUUUCGAAAAUGUAGAUUCGUAAAGAUUAUGAGUUCAUUUCAACUUGUGCUAGGAGGGCUUGUUAUAUUUGUAAGUCUUUCGACUUUAUUUAGCUUCUAUUCUGUUGGAUUUUUCAUGCAUGAUGAAGAUAUAUGUCGCCAUUUCUAUGGCGCGUAUAAUGGUUUUGACAUUACAUCCUUAUCUGCUCGUGUUGAUGAAGUUCUUAAUAAGAUGGAAACUCUACAAGACAAGCUAGAAUUGAUGGUAAAGCAGAUGGACAAAGCUAAAGUUGACGAGUUGUCUAGUAGCUACAUUUCGAGAUUUGAGUACAAGAGAUUGUUGGAAGAAGAUGUGAUUAAGCCUCUGUCAUCCGCGCAGAGUUCCCUUAGGCAAAUUAGGUUGCCAAGAGUUGAAACAAGUGGAAGUGUUCGCGAAGAUCCUUUGAUUAAUACGUUUGUGAUGGAGGAGAUGAGGAAGUAUAUUACGCCUAAGGUGAAUAGAAAUGGAGAUGUUAAUGUCUAUGGUACAUUGAUGAUUUAUAACACGAUAGGUCACGCGUGUGUUUUGAUGAAGAAAGAGUUGGAAGAGUAUAUGGAUUACGAAAUUGGAUCCUAUUGUAAAGAUGAUUGGAAUUUGGCUCAAAAGCUAAUGUUGAAUGGUUGUGAUCCUUUGCCUAGGAGGAGAUGUUUGGCGAGGGCGUCUAAGCUUUAUCUCAAGCCUUACCCCAUUGACAAGUCCCUUUGGACAAUCCCAGAUGGUAGAAAUAUUCGAUGGAGCAAUUACAAGUGCAGGAACUUCGAGUGUUUAUUGAGAAAGAACACGAAAAAGGGGUUUGAAAUGGAGAAGGAAAAGGUAAAAUGGGUAACAAACUCCUCUGUUCCUGUGGAUUUUUUGAUCAAAGAUGUGUUGGGGAUUAAGGCAGGGGAGAUCAGAAUUGGGAUUGAUUAUGGCGUUGGGACGGGGAGUUUUGCUGCAAGAAUGAGAGAACAUAAUGUGACAAUCAUCUCAACUGCAAUGAAUCUCGAGGCUCCAUUCAGCGAGACAAUAGCACUUAGGGGUCUAGUGCCAUUAUACGUCACACUGAGCCAACGUCUACCUUUCUUUGACAACACGAUGGAUUUGAUUCAUACGAUAGGACUAAUCGAUGGUUGGAUUGAUCUUCAGCUAUUGGAUUUCAUCCUUUUUGAUUGGGAUCGCGUUUUAAGACCAGGUGGAUUGUUAUGGAUAGAUCGAUUCUUCUGUAAUAGGAGGGAUAUCGAUGACUUCAUGUACAUGUUCUUGCAAUUCAGAUACAAAAAACAUAAGUGGGCUAUUUCUCCAAAGUCUAAGGAUGAGGUUUAUCUUUCUGCAUUGUUGGAGAAACCUAAAAGAUCUUGAUGAUUAUAAUUAGUAAAUUGCAGU